ACAUAUUCGAUUCGAUACCAAAAUUCGGCAUGGCACUUCAAGGCUAUGUUUUUUGGGGACUCUUAGUCCUGAUGAUGAUCAACUCAUUGGGUCAUGACUCAAUAGCAACUAAUUUCCCCUCUUCCUUUAAUCGUACUAGCUUUCCAUCCGAUUUCGUGGUUGGAACUGCCUCAUCUUCCUACCAGUUUGAAGGUGCUUGGAAAGAAGGUGGUAAAGGCCCAAGUAUAUACGACAUUUUCACCCACAAAUAUCCAGAUAAGUUUUCGAAUCGGAGCAACGGAGAUGUGGCACUUGAUUUUUAUCACCGUUACAAGGAAGAUGUGCAACUAAUGAAGUUUAUGGGAAUGAAUGGUUUCAGAUUCUCAAUUUCCUGGACAAGAGUUCUACCUCAUGGGAAGUUAAGUGGAGGAGUGAACAAGGAAGGGGUUGCCUUCUACAACAAUCUCAUCGAUGAACUCAUAGCAAAUGGUUUGAAACCAUUUGUCACAAUUUUCCAUUGGGAUCUCCCCCAAGCCCUUGAAGACGAGUAUGGUGGCUUUUUAAGUCCCCGCAUUGUAGAUGAUUUUGCAGAUUUCGCGGAGCUUUGCUUCAAAGAAUUUGGAGAUAGGGUAAAGCAUUGGAUCACAAUGAAUGAGCCAUGGACCUUCAUAGAUAAUGGUUAUAACGACGGGGCCCUUGCACCAGGCCGGUGCUCGGCCUGGAUGAACAAUGGAUGCCCCGCGGGGAAUUCGGCUACCGAACCCUAUAUUGUGGGGCACCACAUGCUUCUUUGUCAUGGAGCUGCGGUCAAAGUCUACAAGGAGAAAUAUUGGGCAUCUCAAAAUGGCCAGAUUGGGAUAACACUUGUAUCUCAUUGGUUUGUUCCAUAUUCCAAUUCAGUACAUAAUGUCAAAGCAGCCCAGCGGGCCCUCGACUUCAUGUAUGGAUGGUUUAUGAACCCAUUAACCUACGGUGAAUACCCAGAAACCAUGCGUUCAAUCGUUGGAAAAAGGUUACCGGAAUUCACUCCUGAACAAGCUAAGUUGGUGAAGGGUUCCUGCGAUUUCAUCGGACUGAAUUACUAUACCGGAAAUUAUGCAUCUGAUGUUCCUUCUGCUAAUAGUGUCAAUGUUAGCUACUCAUCUGAUUCUCUCACUAAUCUUACAACGGAGCGCAAUGGGAAACCCAUCGGAAACCCGACAGCGGUAAGCAUCUUUUAUAUCUUCCCAAAAGGACUUCAGGAACUUCUAAUCUACACAAAGGAAAAGUACAGCAAUCCGGUUAUUUACAUCACAGAGAAUGGCAUGGGUGAUGCGAAUAACGUCACUACUAAAGAAGGAGUCCAGGAUUAUUUGAGAAUAUAUUUCUACCGUCGCCAUCUUGGGGCCGUCCAAAAUGCCAUCAAGGCUGGUGUGAAGGUGAAAGGGUUCUUCGCAUGGGCAUUUUUGGACAACUUUGAAUGGGGAUCUGGUUACACCAUAAGAUUUGGGCUUGGCUAUGUUGAUUUCCACGAUGGCCUCAAAAGAUACCCAAAACGCUCAGCACUUUGGUUUAAGAAGUUCAAUCUCAAGUAGCAUGGAGCUAGGGCUAGCUAGUGCACGUUCUCAAAAUUAAUAAGUGGCAUUAAUGUUGUCUUUCUUUAAUUACCUUAUUUUAUUAAUAAGUGGCAUUCGGUCCACCCUAUUAAUUAACGCUUAUAAUAUCAAAGUCUUUCAACUU